ACAAGGAGAAACUUGGUGUCCAGGGGAGGCCCCCGGCGGCUGGAGCGCGGCGGAGGCAGGCGCAGAGGCCGGAGGAAGAGGAGGCGAGGGGCGGCCCGAGCGCGGGGAGGGAGCGAGUGGAGCGGUCAUGUGCCCGUGCCCCCUGCACCGCGGCCGCGGCCCCCCGGCCGUGUGUGCCUGCAGCGCGGGCCGCCUGGGUCUGCGCUCGUCCGCCGCGCAGCUCACGGCCGCCCGGCUCAAGGCGCUCGGCGACGAGCUGCACCAGCGCACCAUGUGGCGGCGCCGCGCGCGGAGCCGGAGGGUGCCGGCGCCCGGCGCGCUCCCCACCUACUGGCCCUGGCUGUGCGCGGCCGCGCAGGUGGCGGCGCUGGCGGCCUGGCUACUCGGCAGGCGGAACUUGUAGGAACGCGGGGCUUCUUGGUGGGGCCGGAGCCGAGACCCAGCCGGAGCGAGCAACAGGUUGGUGAAAACCCUGUGGCCUUGGAGAAAGCUGGUUCCCGUUUUCCUGAGGGGGAGCCCAGAGCUUGAAAGGCCGCAGUUGGCACUUCAAGAAGGAAGUGGAGAAUAAAGACGUCGCCUGGAGCAAUAGUAGCAUGGAGGAAUGGGACUGGGGAAGCCCUUUGGAUAUCCAGCUGCAGAAACAGACACCCCAAUGCUAUUUACAUACAGCUCUAUAUAUAAAAAAAAAGAAAAUAUGAAUAUUACUACUCAGUGCAUGCCUUGUCGAGGACGUGGUCCCUCCCUUUUCUGCACCUUCCGAUAUGAACUUUGAUAUUCUUUCAUGUCUGGGGCACCAGAAGAGAGACGCCUACUGUGUACCUAGAAAAUUUGCAAAGACUGGUGGGAAUUAGCCUCAGAGUCGACCAACCGCCUGGGGAGGGAUGCUGACAGAGUAAGAGGGAAAAUUGCCAAAGGCAAAAUAGAAAGAAAAAAAAAGCGAGGAGGACUUGGGGCCAAUUUUGUGGGGGCAGUCUGGGAUACCUCCAUUUCUAAAUCUUGACAAGUCCUAGCCUCUCUCUCUACACCUACCUAGAUAGACGGCUAGUCCCCCUGUCACAUCAGGACAAGUGGGAUUUUUUUUUUCCCCUACCAAUCUGAUGUCUCUGGUGCUUCACUUAAAUCUUGCUGGUGCUAAGUGUGUUCUUGCUGGUGCUGCCAUGGUAUUCUGCAAGGCCAGGGGACAAGAGAGAUUUCUAUUUUGCUGUUUUGGAGGCUUUUUUAAAAGGGAUGAGUCGCAAAAGUGCCACUUGAGAGUCUCUUUCUUUCUCUGUGGGGACCAAUAUCCAGAGGUGUUUGGGAGCAAACCCUGGGGUCUGGAAGGGAGGAAGGGAGGGGACGGCACUGAGUGGCUUGCUGGUGACGAGGUGGAAGACUGACCUCAUUUGUGACUUGUCUGCUGUCUCCUCCACCCCCACCAAAGUAUCCUGGGAGUUCAGCCCACAGCCUCCCCCACUCCCCCCAGAGGAUUUCAGGGCUUAGGUUUUAUGGAUUAAAGAGCCAAGAAAUGGCUACGUUCUGGUCAAGGGUGAUUUAAUAAGCAAGGGAUGUUUCGGGAGGGAGUGGGUCAUUUAAAUGAAAUGCACCAGCAUCUCACUGAGGGUCUGAUUUUUUUCCCUCCCAGGAUAAGCUACUAUUUUCAGAAGUUUCUAGAAGGGCUAAAAAAAGAUGUGUGCUGGACUGAGACUUGGCUGCAAAGACUCGUCAGGGAACAAUGAUGAUUUUUUGCUUUCAUUUUCAAAGAUCCAACAAAAACAGGUAUUAUUCCUCUGUGCGGGGUAUCACACUGCCGUUUUCAAAGCUGCGAUGGUGAGGCGCCAGGCUGCAGGUUCAGACUGUCAUUCGACAAGGCUGGAUUUGCAGGUCACCAUCCAGUACCCAAGGACAGGGGGUCCAGUGGGCUGGUGAGCAGACACCCUUCCAGUUCUAAGAAGCCAGCAGAGGGAUCAGCCGUUGCGAAGGUUGACAGGGGGCUGACACGGGAAUUAUUCCCUAUAGGCUUUGCUGAAAAUUACCAGGUCCUUUAGAAUGCAGGACCUUUCAAUGCUGCUGCAAGCUGGGAGCUGUCUUUCUUUCUUUUUUAUCCAUGCCUUAUGUUUUCUUAAAUAACCCUUUAAAGAAAAAUGCAACCCAGAACUGCGGAAGGUGAGGGCAGCCCCCUACCCCCUCCAGCCUGGAACUCAGCACAGCGAAAAAGAAAGCUUGUUUAUGGAGAACGGGUUCCCUUUCAUUACUGGAGCCCUCCCCAGAGUUAUGUUUACAGGGGAUGGGUGUGUAGGCAGGGUCUGCAGAGAGCACAGGUGACAUCCCCACCAAGCCGUGAACUUAGAGAAGGCACAUUAAUUAGGAUGAUAUGAAAUCCAGUCUCUGCUUAUGUUUAGUGACUUUCCCAGCCAGACACUAGAGUCUUUCCAGCUCACCCCAUUUUGGGGGAGGGGAUUUUCAUUACUGUAGUUAUAUGCAAUCACAGCUUUCUGCUGCUUUAAGGCUGUACCUUCCAGACUGCGGUGAGAACACACUGACCACCUAGACACAGGGGAAAGGUGAAAGGUCAGAGAAUCCCUUUUUCAACCCUGACUAGCUUAGGACAUUUCCGCUGGAGGAUCCAAACUCUAAAUGCUAGGGUUGGCGUUUCGGGCAAUUUUGAUUUCAAUGAAGCCACAUCGCUGAGAGAACUGGGCACCCGUGACCUCCUCGUGGAGCUUUGCAGCCAAGUCCCUUGUACAUAUUCUCUUGUAUUAAUAGAAACCAUGUAUUUAUCUAAUCCUGGCUUUUUCUUGCACAUCAUUAAUUUGAGUGCAUUUCUCAACUGCCCCGAUUUUUGACAAGGGGUUGUUUUUAAUGCUUGUUUUUAUAUGAGAUUUGACUUCUUGAUGGACAUUUGUAUUAGGAAAUUGAAGCAUGAGAUAUAUGUAUAUAUUGUUCCCACCGUCUCUCCUGUUGCAUUACUUGGAUUGCAUGAGAUAGUGGGGUGGCUUUUUUUAAAAAAAUAUUUCCACCGUGUGCAAAGUGCUGGCACCGUCCCUCCCUUUCUUCCCCCAUUUUCUCUGGCUGCCAAGGAGUCAUUGAUUUUGAUUAGCUUCACCGCAGAGCGUCUGUGAAGAGAGAGAGAGAGGGAGGGAGGCUUUGAAAUAAAUUUUAAAAAAGACCUCAUAUCGGGUUUCAGCAGACAGCAGUGUGUGUGUGUGUGUG